GCAUUAUGUACGUCAUAAAGACUACCUCAACAGCUUGGUUGGCCAGGACUGAAAUGAAAGAAAGAUGGAUCGUAAUGAUGAGAGAAUCAAAAGAGCUUUAAGACGCCGCCCUUAUGUGUUGAAACCAGUGAGGGUGAACACCCCUGAUUCCGUGUUGUGGCCAACCGGCAUGGUGCACAGAAGGCCAAAGCCUUCUGGAAGGGUGACUCGGCUGAUAGAGAGAAAAUAUGAUGACGUGAUCUCAUCCUCCAGUUCUGAUGACUUUUCCAUCUACUCCUUCACUGACUGUGAAUCUGAGUGUGAUGAUGAGGAUCAUGAAAGGAGGACCCCAAAGCUGAAAGUUGAGAAUGGAAAGGUGACAAAGCUUGAUGUGAGGGAUAUGGAUGAGGAUGAUUUGUCUCUCCACUCCUUCGAUGAGUCAGACUUCCUGGUCCUACAGAGCCCAGGGAAGGUCUCAGGUCCUGUAUCUGUCAAGAAUGGCCUCUCUCCUCUUGUGACCUCAGCACACCGGACCCUGGCUGAAGCCCUACGGGCCCUACCCUCUGCUGUAGGCUCUCCCUACCCAGUAAAUGUCCCAAGGCCUCGGACUCCUCUCAACCCUGUCAUUAUCGGUCUGCCCCGAAUAGAGAACUUCCCAUACCGCCACAGCCCUCGCCUGGCUCCCAUCACCAACCUGAGCGAGACCGGCAGGAAGCUGCUCCAGGAAAUGGCUGGAGUGGCCCCACAGGAAGGGAAGGUCAAUAAGAAAAAGAAGGGCAAGGCCAAAAAGGAAUUGAAGCAAGAGAAGGCUAGUAAGACGCAACAGAUGGGAAAUGUUGGAGAAAGUAAGGAGGAGGACAAGAAAGAGGAAAAGAAGAGUCUGAGGAAGAGGUUUCUUGAGUGGCUGCUGCCCAAACUGAGAUGUUCAAAGAAAUAAUGGCCAACUAUUACUUCUACCCCACACACACACACACACACACACACACACACACACACACAGAUUUUGAGUAUUGGUUAUUCCUACAACACACACAAACAUAAUUUCAGAGACGGGAACUAUGAUUAGCAAAAUACAUAUAUUGGUCUCAUUCUUAUAUUUUGAGACAUGCAGCAUUAUUUAAAUAAAAAUGAAAUUGAUCCCCAUACAGCCUAUGAUAAUGAGUUGGAUUUACAUGCUUAGGCUUGGAAAUAUAGCCAGGAGAAGCAGGGUCAACACCUCUACUCAUGUCAUAAGUGCCAUGACAUCUUUAGUAACCACAGAGAGAUAAGACCUCUGUCUCAACAGUCUC